UUGUAAAUGACUUAAUGGAACUAUAAUUCUGUACACAUACGACUGCCUACAAAUGGGCAACUAUUUUUAUAGUUUAUUAAGAACCCAAAACACGGGCAGACAUAAUGCUGAAAGGAACAGCCCUAGGUCAACAUCUGUCGAAGCCAGUGGUUGUAGGCGUGAACACGAAUUGGCUUCAAUUAACGCCCAAGAUACAAUUUGGGACGAAACAAUGUGUGCCAAACGUGAACUCGAAGAAACUAAAAACCGUUGUGUCACCGAGCUGAUUCUCUGUUCACGCAUAGAGGGUCAAAUGAAGGAAAAAGAAGAAGACUGUUUCGUAAAAGAUUGCAAAGAAUUUGUCUUGCGCUUGAGGAAUUACUACUGCGAGCAAUAUUGCCAUUUGCCUAUAAAUCCGAUGAAUUUGGCACAUGAUAAACAUCUAAAACAUUUCUUUUCCGUGCAAAAGAUUCUAAAAAAACAAAAAGUUCAGAUGCACAAGUACAGGAAACACAAAUACAUACAUACAGGGACAUAUUUUACGCAGAUAAUAUUUCAAACAAACGAAUAUUUAUCCAAGGUAAGGCUGGUAAAGGGAAGUCGACAUUUACCGCAAAGUUGGUACUUGACUGGUGUCGUGACUUUCCGACAUCGCCGGAGUUUUACGAUUUUGAUACAUUGGAUGCAUAUAAGUUUGUUUUUCUCAUAAUAUUAAGAGAUUCAACCAAACAAAGUGAAGUAACAAAGAUGCUUAAAGAUCAAAUUAUUGAUACGAUCUAUGAGGAUCAUGAACGUUAGAAAGCCUAUGGACUUCUUAAACGUGUAAUGAAAGAAUUUAAAUGUUUGCUAGUUAUGGACGGCCUCGAUGAGUGGGCUGAUCCACUUAAGAAAACUGUUUUGCCAGUGCUGUUGCCAUGUUACAGCAAAUGCACUGUUUUAACGACCACAAGACAUUGGAAAAUGACUGAUGAACGCAUGAAAGACUCUCAAAUUGACUGCUUGCUGGAACUUGAAGGAGUUAAUGAUCCACACCAGUUUAGUAAGCAGAUACUCAGUUGUAUCAUUAAAGAAGAACUUGAGAGCAACCAUCACGAAUUUGUAGAAUAUGUGAAAACUAAUAAUCUCAAUGAGUUCUACUUUACACCAGUGUUGUUAGCUUCGCUUGUUGUUUCAUGGUUGAAUGGAAUGCAUAUAAGGGGAUCAAGAUGUGAAGUAUACAUCUCACUGUUGGACUGUCUCCUUAAAAAGUCAAGCAUCAGUUCGGACUGUUUCGUGUCUCCUCCUGCAUAUUGUUUCUCUGAAACAAGGUAUGUAUGUCAUAAUAUCGAACUUGUGCAUGCUUUGUCUGAAAUAGCUUUCACCCAGCUGUUUACGUUCAAAAAGGAAAAUUUGCUCGUUUUUACCGAAAAAGAAGAAGCAAUUUUAAAGCCAGAACAAAAGACAUUGGCGUUGAAGACAGGCAUAUUAUCAGAAAGAAAAAGUUCAACUUUAACCGGAAUAUCGACUUUGUCGUUCAUUCAUAAAAGUGUACAGGAACUUUUGGCCGCUUUUCAUAUCGCCAGACAUAACUUUGUUAUUGAGGCCGUGAUAGAAAAGUAUUUUGACACAUUCCCAGAUGCCUAUCUGGAUCUAUCUCAAGUAUUCAUAUUUUUAUGCGGACUUAAUAUCAAGGCAGCAAAUGACUUGUCACGAGUAAUCGAUCAGCACACCGAUAUGACGGAUAUUAAUGUAUUGCCUAGUUGUCGUUAUUCGAGAAUACAGGAUCUUAUGACAAAGGGUUAUACAGAAGGCAGAGCCAACAACCACAAGGAUGACGAUAUACGGCUGAACCUCAGUAACCUAGAGGUGUUAGAUAGAUAAGACCUUGGCACAUUAUAUUUUCUUAAACGGACAAAUAUGCUAUCAUAUGUCAGAUCAUUUCAUAUACAUGUUGACGAUUCCGAUUGUGUUGAAUCAGGCAAACACUGCAUAAUGAAUUUUAUCAAGUUUAAUAAUAUAAAGAUUAUAUGUUCACACAUCGUUAUAGAGUUGUUUAAACGUGCUCAUGUCGGCCUUAAGAAGAUCAACAUUCAAAUCGAUCAACCUGAUUAUAGCGAUGGUAGAAAUGUGAUAGAUAUGUCUCAAUGUAAAGUCUUAGAAGACAUUCACAUCAGGUCUAUAUUUUUUGGAUCAUCGUUCAGUUUGGCACCAGAUGCACUGUGUUCACUGAUCAACCUGAAACGUGUUACACUGAAGUGGAUUAAAUGUGAUGGUUUGAACUUAGCUACAUGUCAGCAAAUAGAGGAUGUAGAUAUUCAUGGCCACGUCUGUUUAGUAUCAGAUACAUUUCGUGGACUGGUAAACUUGACACGUCUUACAUUAAAUGGCAUCAGCUGCGCUGAUGUAGACUUGUCUACGUGUAAAGAAUUAGUGAAGAUAGAUUUACGUCGCGGACACGUAUCAUUCAAACCAGGUACUUGAAACAAGCUGUUGAAGCUAAAAUCUAUCACUUUAAAAGACAUCAGUUGUGAUGGCCUGGAUAUGUCUUUAUGUAAAAUGUUAUCAUUUAUAGAAAUAAGUGGAAAGAUGUCUUUGGUACCAGGUGCUUUUCAUGAGCUGUUGAAGCUAAAAUAUAUGAAUGUAAAAGACAUCAGCUGUGAUGGUCUGGACUUGUCUUUGUGUAAAGAUUUAGAGGAGAUAGAUUUGAGCGGACGAAUAUCAUUGAAACCGGAUACUUUCAACUACCUGUUGAAGCUUGAAAGUUUUACUUUAAAAGACAUCAGCUGCGAUGUUGUGGACUUGUCUUUGUGUAAAGAAUUAGUGCAUAUAGAUAUAAGCGCACAUGUAUCAUUAAACCCGGAGGCCUUUCAUUGCCUUUUUUAAGCUUAAAUAUAUUUCUUUAAAAGACAUCAUUUGUUAUGGUCUGGACUUGUCUUUGUGUAAACAGUUGAAAAGUGUAGAAAUAAGCGGGAAUGUGUCACUGGUACCAGGUACUUUCCACGGGCUGUUCAUGCUUAACUCUAUUGAUAUAAAAGACGAAAGCUGUGAUAGUCUGGACUUAUCUUCGUGUAAAAUGUUUGGAUUUGUAAUAAUAAGUGGGAAUGUGUCUUUGGUACCUAGUGCUCUCCGUGGGUUGUCAAACUUGGAAUAUCUUGAGUUGAACCAAAUCAGCUGCGAUGGUCUUGAUUUGUCUUUGUGUGAAAACUUACAUGACGUUUACAUACAUGGAAAAGUGUCUUUUUUUCCUCCUCGUUUGUCUGGACGGAUUGUGAGUCGUGCGUUCACCAACUGGUUAAAGACGGUGCAUAACAGUCAACAUCCAAGUCGACGUCCUCGAAAACAAUGCCCUUAUGUCGAUCAGCUGGAUAUCAUGCAAUGUAAACAAGGGGAGAUAAUAUUGUAUGAAAGAGUUUCCGGUUCCGGUGCAAAUAGUACAAACAAAAGGUAGAACUUAGUUUUAAAAUGACGUAUGCAGUCAGUGCGAUUUGAAGUGUGGAAAAU